GAGCGCCGCUGAGAGAGAGAGCCUCCUCGCAGCCUCUGGCGCCAUCGACGGCGGCGCUGGUCCUUGCGCACACCGGCCCCAUGGCUGCUGCCGCUCCAGCUCCGCGGAUGCACUUGCUCGCUUGGGCGCUUCUCUUGCUCCUCGCUGCUGUGCUCCACUCCGCCUCCCCGGCGGCACCAGAGAAGGAAGUGCUAAACAGACCUUUGAGAGUACGUGCCCGAUCCUCGUUACCUGGCAGGUCACCUGUUCAAUGGAGGUCAUCCCAGCCUUUGGGUUCAAGAAUUCCACGAAGAUAUCCAGGUUUCCUCUUGGGAUAUGGAGAAAGCAACAGAAGGAUGAGUUACAGACCACUGCCAAAAGAAGAAAAAAAACAUGAGAUUAAAAACUUAGAGGAGGAUGAACUGGAGGAGACAAAAGACGUCGCUGUUCGUGUUAUGUCCUCUCAGUCAGUGCUUGUUACUUGGACAGAUCCCGCCUCUGAGAAACAGAAGACGGUCUCCUCUAGGCAGUACACUGUCCGUUAUAGAGAGAAAGGGGAAUCAGCAAGGUGGGAUUACAAACAUGUAUCCAACAGGCGGGUGUUGGUGGAUAAACUGAUUCCAGACACCAUGUAUGAAUUUGCAGUUCGAAUCUCACAGGGAGAAAAAGAAGGCAAGUGGAGUACCUCAGUUUACCAAAGAACCCCAGAAGCAGCUCCUUCCAGUGCACCAGAAAACCUGAAUGUCUGGCCAAUAAAAGGCGAAACCCCAUCUGUUGCUGCUACCUGGGAUGCUCUUCCAGAGGGUGAAGGAAGAGUGAAAGAAUACAUUCUUUCAUACGCCCCCGCUCUCAAGCCCUUUGGAGCAAAGUCCAUUUCCUACUCGGGAGACACUACGUCCGCCAUGGUGGAUGGUCUGCAGCCCGGCGAGCGCUAUAUUUUCAAAAUCCGUGCAGCAAACAGGAGGGGCCAAGGCCCUCAGUCCAAAGCUUUCAGUGUUGCCCUGCCAGCAACCAGUUCAGAAGAAUCAAAGGUUGAUCAACAAACAAACACUGAAGAUGAUUUGGAACCCAAAACAUCUGGAAAUAAAGUGCCUUCUUCUGUGUCUCUCUCACCAUCCCCUUCCUCUGAGCAUAGUUCUGGUCUUCCAUCCAGUUUUCCUGAUGGCAGAGAUUCAAAGAAUCCUGUUACUGACCUCAAGAAUAAACUACCAACUGGUAGUACUGCCCCCACAAAAUCCCAGCUAUCUUCUAGAAAGGGAGCAGAGCUGAAAGCAGAUUCUCAUUCCACGGGAGACACCAUAGUCCAUAGUUCCUCCAAAGAAACACUAACAACACAGCCAAAAACACAGGAGGUUAAGAGCAGUGCUAAGUCCCAUUCCCCUAUGAAACCUUCUCACACUGUCACUUCCUCAGGUAAAGCACCUCUUAGGGCACGCACACCAGUGAGGACAGGGAAGACAAGCACUGAUAAACCAAAGUUGUUAUCAUCUUCUUCCUCACACACUUCAUCUUCCACUCAAAAAUAUACAGAAAAUGAAAUGAAGACUCUAAGACAGGACAGGUCUAAUCUUCCUUCAUCCUCCGAAGUUACUUUAGAUAAUAUGCCAGUUGAUAAUGAAAGUAAUGAUCAUGUCAGUAAGGUAGAGGAAAAGCCAGCAGUGUUGCCUAAAGGACCAGAAGAUAGUCAUUCAAUUUCACAUUCAAGUAAGGAGCCUUCUGUAUCUCGGAAGAUGGCUCAGAAUUCUCCCACCAAAUUGCGCACUUCUGCAUCAGUUAAGUCUCCUACAUCAUCCACAGCUAUAAAUUCUCAAAGUAAUUCACGCCAUCCCUCUAAUAAACUAUCUCACCCUGAUACUGCUGAUACUUACAAGCGCAGAGAAGCAGAAAGAAGAGAGCAAAAGCCAAGUUCCAUGCCUUCUCCUCCUCAGAGUGGUUCAUCUCCAUCUGUGCAAAUAAGACCUGUCUCACAUUCCAGUCGCCAAGCAUUAAGAGAUCCAAGAGUAAGCACUUCUGCUGUUUCUGCGGCUGCUACCCAUACAUUGCCUCACUCACUUGACUCUUCUGCUAAACAAAAACCUGAUGGAAGAGGUGAUUCCAGUGAAAGUGAAAAUAAUGAAAGAGAGGAUACAGAAAACAGACGGGGGUCGCUAUCUUCUAGAUUCAGUUCUAGGCCCUCAUCAGGUCAGACUGCAUCGGAACGCUUUGAUUUGUUCAAAUAUAGAUCAGCUCUUAUUACCAACAGAUUUGCAAACAAAGCCAGUAAUGGUCGUGAAACCAGGAUGCAACCUCCCAAAAGUCCCUCCUCUACACAGUCCACAAAGGUUCAUCCUCAGUCCAGUUCUCAUUUAACACCAGGCAGUAGUCAGAGACCUGAUUCCAAUAUGGAUAAAGAUGAACCAGAAGAUGAAGAUGAAAAUCCUCUACCAUCAACUCGUCCCCAUGGUUAUUCACCAUCCUUUUCUAAACAAUCUUCUUUAAUGGACUAUUCGCAGAGGAAGAGUCCUCUGGUUGAAUCUAAGAUGCAUCACAGAGUUGUGCCCACUGACAAAUCUAAUCCUGCAAACAUACAAGAAGAAACCUAUAGUAAGGAAAGGGAAGCCACAGGUGCAGAUACCUCACUGCAACAGCCUGAUGCACACUCUUUAGUAUCUGGCCAAUCUCCUUCAUUAAGUGGGCACAUAAGCCAUCGUUCUAGUGUAUCUCAUUGGUUAACCAAUGGUCAGAGCUUAAGGUCCAGAAGUUCAUCUCCAUCAACUGAUUCUGUAUCAAGGUCAUCUGUGGAAAAAUCAUCUUCUCUACGGUCUCCUGCUUCACGGUAUCAACCCGAUGAUCUUGAGAGCAAAGAUACAUCUAAGACAAAACAAACUUUAUCUCAGUCUAAAAAAGCAUUAAUAGGAAGUUCUCAUGCAUUAUCUCAUAAAACUCUCCAUCCGGAGACCAGCCAUUCUUCAAAACCAGUGACUGAUCAGUCACAACAUCAACCCUCCUUCAAUUCAAGAAGCCACCUUACACUGACAUCCCUCCAAAGCAGUGAAAAAUUAGGGGAUAAAGAUGACAAUUUGGAGGAAAACUAUUACAAAGGGUCACAUGAUAAAGAGGAAGAGAGGAAUCUUCAUUCAAUACAUACCAAAGAAGCCUCUGCAUCUAGAAGAAUAUCUACAUCUUUGCCUCAGGGAAAUACUGGUUCUCUCUCAAAGCAUUCUCAUUCUCAGACUAGUGAAUUUGGUGAAAGGUCUCCAACUCAGCGUGAGUCUUUAACUUCCUCCUCUACCUCUUCAAAAGAUGUAGUCAGAGAGCAUCAAUACUCUAGAGAAGGUUCUUCAUCUUCAAAAUCAUCCUCCACUUCUCUGAGACAAACUCAUCCUUCAGUACCCCGGUAUUCAUCUGGCUCAAGAAUGCCUAUUAGGACAGCAUCCCAGACAGACAAAAAAUAUGGACUUGCCCAGCCAAUCCCAACUAAAGUGGAACUUGCUCCAAAGACCUCUUCCUCUAAAACACAUCAGUCACUUUCAAGCAGUGAUGAUGAUGAUUAUGAAAACUAUGAUCAGCCAGAGACAGAGGAAAACCCCACGUCAUCUUCAGCAGCAAGAUGGCAAUCUUCCUUGAUUUCUAGAGGCAGUAAAAAAAUAAAUAAUAAUGUUGCUAAGGACAGGAGUAAAUCACCAAGUCCUGUUUUGCCUCACAAAACAAAAAAUGUUGAUGAGGAGGAAUACAAGCAGCAGCAGCAGGAGGAAGAGGAACGUCUCACUUCCAAAACCUCAAUCACUGCACCUUUCAGUAGAUCUUUAACAUCCAGACCUUCUCAGUCUCCCAACAAGCUGAAUGGCCUGCCUAAAAUAAACAGGGCUUCAUCGCGUGCCUCCGGAUCUACUUCUGUAUCUUCUCAGCUUCAUCCCACUCAUUCUGCUUCUCCCACACGUUCAUCCACCUCUCCCUCAGUGUCCCCCAACCAACGAAUUCAACAUUCAAGAUUAUUAAACCCUUCUCAACGACAGCAUCUUAGGUUUCCUCAUAGACAAGGUAAUGGUGGCCGACCCAAUUUAACAACAAAACCAGAUCUAAAUAAUAAAAUAGCUCCUGAUAAUGGAAAACGAAAUGGACAGAAAAUAAUAAACGGUCCACAAGGAAUAAAGUGGAUUGUAGAUCUUGACCGAGGGCUGGUGCUGAACGCUGAAGGAAGGCACCUCCAAGAUUCACAAGGGAAGCCUCUCAGAGUAAAAUUAGGAGGAGAUGGCCGUACUAUUGUUGAUUCCAAAGGAGCUCCAGUAGUAAGUCCAGAUGGGUUGCCUUUGUUUGGACAUGGAAGAUUUAGCAAGCCUGUAGCAAAUGCACAAGAUAAACCAAUCAUAAGUCUUGGAGGGAAACCACUGAUAGGCCUUGAAAUGAUCAAAAAAACAACCACUCCUCCCACAACAACAACAACAACAACUACUACUACUACUACUACUACAACGACUACUACUGCUGCCACUACAACUACCACACCUGAACCAACAACUACUGAGCCACCAACAGAGAAACCAUUGCCUACCUGCCCCCCUGGCACGUAUGCAGAGUACGACGAAGAGGGAAAUAUUGCAUUAGGCCUUGAUGGUUUACCUGAGUGCAAUUCUGAAGGGACAUUCUCAGGGCUUGAUGCAGAUGUGGCAGGAACUACAGAAUCAUAUGUGAUAUAUGAUGAAGAUUAUGAGCUUUUUGAAACCACUUUACCUCCCACCACCACCACCACCACCACCACCACAGCAUCCACCACAGAAGCACUCUCUGAAACCACCUUUCCAGAAUUCAGUGUUUCAGGAUCAGACCCUCUGUCAGAAUAUGAUGCUGCUGGAAAGAAGCGGUUUACUGCUCCUUAUGUGACUUAUAUAAACAAAGACCCAGCAGCUCCAUGCUCCUUGACAGAGGCACUAGAUCACUUCCAAGUUGAAAGCCUGGAUGAAAUCAUCCCCAAUGACCUAAAAAUUACAGGAAUGCGUCCUCAGAGGGCCCCUCACAAUAUCACCAUAGUGGCUGUGGAAGGCUGCCAUUCCUUUGUGAUUAUCGACUGGGCUAAGCCUAUGCAGGGUGAUCUAGUCACAGGAUAUUUAGUUUACAGUGCAUCUUAUGAUGAUUUCAUCAGGAACAAAUGGUCAACCAAGACUGCAGGAAGCACUAACUUGCCCAUUGAAAACUUGAAGCCAAAUACAAGGUAUUACUUUAGAGUCCAGGCAAAGAAUCCCCAUGGUUAUGGACCUAUAAGCAAUUCAAUCUCCUAUAUCACAGAAUCUGAUAAUCCUCUACUUAUUGUCAGACCACCAGGUGGUGAACCAAUCUGGAUCCCAUUUUCUUUUAAAUAUGAUUCGUCAUACUCUGAAUGCAGUGGCAAACAAUACGUGAAGCGGACAUGGUACAGGAAGUUUGUUGGUGUGGUUCUUUGUAAUUCAUUGAGAUACAAGAUUUUCCUCAGUGAUGACCUAAGAGAUACAUUUUACAGCAUUGGGGAUAGCUGGGGAAGAGGUGAAGAUCAUUGCCAGUUUGUGGAUUCGCACUUGGAUGGAAGAACAGGACCACAGUCAUAUGUGGAAGCCUUGCCUCCUGUUCCAGGUUAUUACCGCCAGUUUCGACAAGAGCCUGUAUCGUUUGGACGCAUUGGCUAUAUGACGCCUUAUUAUUAUGUGGGCUGGUAUGAGUGUGGUGUGCCCAUUCCAGGGAAAUGGUAACUGUGCUGCAGUCUCCAUGCAGUUCGUAAGCGCAGUACAUCCAGCGUGCCUUUCACAUGGCUGUUAUUGGAGGACUCUGAGCAGUCGGCUUGGCAAGGAAAGGAAAACAAGAACAUGGAAAGGAAGAAGAAACCAGCAAAGACUCACUAAACGAAUACCGUAUAGGGUUUUGCCAACCUAAGUCUGUGGUGCUACUUGAUUAUUUUGCUUCAGAGCACGUACAGGAUUCAGUCUGGGUCUCCUGCCUUGUUCUCCUUGCCUUUAAAGGCAUGGAGAUGUAGCCGCAAUGGGUGCUAUCUGUGCUCAAUGAAACGUAAUAUAUUUGGCUACUCACAAAAAAUUGGAAUCGUGAUAUAUCUUGCAAGGAAUGACUUAAGCAUGCUGUGCUUGCAUUAUGGAAUGCUAACCACUUUCCACUGCUAUUAAUGGAAUCCUCUUGCCUUCCACUGGCAGAGUCUUGCGCUUCAGAAUGUUGCUAUGCGGUCAUGCUGUGCUACUAAACACCCAUGAAAACCAAUCAAUGUUACUGAAGACUUCUCCUGUAGGUUUGCACAAGGCUGGAAGAAAUACCAGGUCACUGUGUCAAUUCAACUUUUAAAAAAACCAGCAACAAAAAACAGUACUGUAUGUUUGCAAAAGUAUUUCUUAGAACUUGAGGUUUUCUUGUUGACUUUGAUAAAUACUUCAAUGGGAUGAUGUUUUAUGUAAAAGGUGCUAUUAAUUAACAAGUCUUCUAAAAUUUAUUCUGUGAAAAAUAUACUAUGCACAUAACCAUGUAAAGAACCAGGCUUACCUUCUUGUGAGUAUUGUCGAACUGUAAUGGUGUUGAUGUUUGUAUAAAA